AUGGCAGCGGCUCGGCGGGCGCGGGCGGGCGGUGCUGGCGGCGCGGGGCCGCGGUUCGGGCGGGCGGCCGAGCCGGAGCCGCCGGUACCGCAGGGGCUGCUGCGGCUGGCCCGGCGCAGCGGGCAGCUCAACCUGGCGGGACGCGGCCUCACCCACGUGCCCGAGCACGUGUGGAGGAUCAACCUGGACACGCCGGAGGAAGCCCAGCAGAACCUGUCCUUCGGAGCUGCGGAUCGCUGGUGGGAGCAGACGGACCUGACCAAGCUCAUCCUGGCCUCCAACAAACUGCAGAGCCUCUCGGAGGACGUGCAGCUCCUGCCUGCCCUCACCAUGCUGGAUGUGCAUGACAAUCAACUGGCAUCACUUCCUUCUGCUUUAGGGCAACUUGAAAAUCUCCAAAAACUUGAUGUCAGCCACAACCAACUGAGGAGCCUUCCCGAGGAGCUGCUGCAGCUGCCCCGACUGAGGAGCCUCCUGCUGCAGCACAACCAGCUGAGCCAGCUGCCCGAGGGGCUGGGGCAGCUCCUGAGCUUGGAGGAGCUGGAUGUGUCCAACAACCAGCUCACAGCCAUCCCCAGCAGUUUUGCUCUGCUGGUGAACUUGGUGCGGCUCAACCUGGCCUGUAACCAGCUCAAGGAGCUGCCUGCAGACCUCAGUGCCAUGAAAAGUCUGAGGCAGCUGGAUUGUACCAAAAACUACCUGGAAACGGUGCCACCUAAAUUAGCAACCAUGGCAUCCCUGGAGCAGCUUUACCUGAGGAAAAACAAACUGCGUUCCUUGCCCGAGUUUCCCUCCUGCAAGUUACUGAAGGAAUUACAUGCUGGGGAGAAUCAGAUUGAAAUGCUGAAUGCAGAGAAUCUGAAACAGCUGAGCUCCCUGUGUGUGCUGGAGCUCAGGGACAACAAGAUCAAGGCAGUGCCCGAGGAGAUCACACUGCUGCAGAAGCUGGAGAGGCUGGACCUGGCCAACAAUGACAUCAGUAGGUUGCCUUACACCCUGGGGAACCUCCCUCAGCUGAAAUUCCUGGCACUGGAGGGAAAUCCUUUGAGAACCAUUCGGAGAGACCUACUGCAAAAAGGCACCCAGGAGCUGCUGAAAUAUCUGAGAAGCAAAAUCCAAGAUGAUGCCCCUGGCCCCAAUGAAGAACCUCCUGUGACAGCCAUGACUCUUCCUAGCCAGUCCAAGGUCAACAUCCACGCCAUAACCACGCUGAAAUUACUGGAAUACAGUGACAAGCAGGCUGCUGAGAUCCCCGAGGUUGUGUUCGAUGCCGUGGGCUCCAAUCCUGUGGCCACCGUGAACUUCAGCAAGAACCAGCUCAGGGAGAUCCCCCCAAGGCUUGUGGAUCUGAAGGACUCAGUUUGUGAUGUCAGCCUGGGCUUCAACAAAAUCUCCUCCAUUUCCUCAGAGCUGUGCCUGCUCCAAAAAUUGACACAUUUGGAUCUCAGGAACAAUGUUCUGACAGCCUUGCCUGAGGAAAUGGAGGCACUGAAAAAGCUGCACACAAUAAAUCUUGCUUUUAAUAGAUUUAAGGUGUUUCCCAGUGUCCUGUAUCACCUCCCAGCCCUGGAGACCAUCCUGCUCAGUAACAACCAGGUGGGAUCCAUUGACCCCGUGCAGCUGAAGGGUUUGGACAAGCUGGGAACUCUGGAUCUGCAGAACAACGACCUCCUCCAGGUGCCCCCAGAGCUGGGCAACUGUGAGAACCUCAGGAGCCUGCUGCUGGAGGGGAACCCGUUCCGCACGCCCCGAGCUGCGGUGCUGGCCAAGGGCACGGCUGCUGUGCUGGAAUACCUGAGGAGCCGAAUUCCCUCCUGAGCCCUGGGCAUCCCUCCUGAGCCCUGGGCAUCCCUCCUGAUCUCUGGGAUCCCUCCUGAGCCCUGGGCCUCCUUCCUGAUCUCUGGGAUCCCUCCUGAGCCCUGGGCAUCCUUCCUGAGCCCUGGGCCUCCCUCCCAAGCCUGGCCUGGCCAAGGGCACAUCUGCACUGCUGCAAUCCCUGCAGAGCCACAUUCCAGCCCCACAGGAGCAGCCAGGUGUCCCCUGUCCCCCCAGCACCCCUGGGCUCCACUGCCUCCAUCCCUCUGCUCCUGGCUGGGUGUCUGUGUGGCCUCGAGCCUUUGCUGCAGUGUUAAGAACCCAGGUGUGAAACAUUCCCUGCCCUCUGCAUGUUCCAGCAGGGAUUUCACUGUUUACACUGUUUGUAAUACAGGACAGCAGGGAAAGCUGCCUUCAGCCACGGUGUUUUCCUGCAGCUUUGGAGAGUUGGCACCAUCAAGCACUGAGGCCAAAGGCAGAGACAACACUGUGGUUUUUGUAUCCCUGUUUUACCUCGUUUCACCAGAGCUGCCCCUGCUGUGAGUGUGGUGGAGUGUUUGAGCUGUGAGAGGUGAGAGGUGCCCCAGGUGUGUGCAGGGCUCACCUGAGUGAGGAUGGGGCUGGUGCUGCACCCAGACAAUAAAUG